AUGGAUCAAAUUCACGUUUCUCCAUACUUCCUAAAAACUUUUGAGUGGACAGCAGAAGAUGCUGAAGACCAUUUCGAUGUUACAUUUAGCUUUCCAGAUGAUUUCAACGUAGAUUUGAUGAAAGUCGAAUUAACAAGUAACAACAAGUGUGUUUAUAUCGGUGUUACAAGUCAGCCACCAUUCUUUGCUGGCUCAUUUUACAACAGAAUCACCAAAUACACAAAAGUUACCUCAAAAGGUCAAAUCAUCCAUCGUUUUACUAAAGAAACACCUGAAAAAUGGCCAAUUAUGCUCUCAGAUCCUACAGUAGACUCUAAUUUAAUGGAUCCAAAGUCCCUUUUCCUCUCUUACUUGUAUAAUCAAUCUUUAGUUGAACAACUAAGCGACAAUGAAGCUAAGCAAAUGCUUCUAAACCUUGCAUUAUCGAGACUUGAAGAAGCUGCUAAGUACUAUUAUCCACCAGCUAUUUGCGAAUACGCAAAAAUUUUACUUUCUCAAAACAAUCCACAGUUAUCACUAAUGGCAAAGCAAUUCUUAUCAAUUGGUGCACGUGUAUUCAACGAUCCGCCAUCAACUUUCAUGGCUGGACUUGUUGAUGCCCAAAUGGGAAAUGUUUCGGAAGCCAUCGAAGAAUUUAAAGCAGCCGCACAGAGCGGAAUUGUCGAUGCACUUAAUGCGUUAGGAGAAAUCUACUCGCCAUUACAAGAACCGCGAAAUCAGUUCGAAGAUGCGGAAGCAGCUGUCGAACUCUUCAACCAAGUCCUGAAAAUAGAUCCCAACCACUUCUUCGCUAUGUACAACCUCUGCAAGAUGUAUGCUGCUGGUUGUGGUGUCAAACGCGACAUGGAAAAGGCGAAAUCACUCAAAGAGAAAUGUGCAGAGAUUGGAGACAUAUCUAUGUUCAAUUUCGACUUGGAAGAGAUUGCAAAGGAAUACGAAAAUGCUUCCAAGAAAGGAGAAACAACAAAGGAAAGCACUCAGAAGAAGGAAGAAAAAGGAAUAAAGAAAGAUGAAGAAAAUCCAAUAGUUAACUACAUAAUCAGCGGUGUAAUAAAUAUUGGUGUUGCUGCUGCUGUUGGAUACUUUGUUUAUAGAAUUAUAAGAAAUAAACAAUAA